GCCGAGGGCCGUUCGGAGACGGCAUCUCACGAUGACUACCAACUGAUUCAACCCCUGCCUCAUCAGAUAUAUCCCAACACCCAACCCACCCACGAAAACAAGCCCAACCAAAGGCAGUUUAAUAAAAGAACAACAAGAAUAAAAAAAAAAUGCCAGACCACAACCCCAAAACCCUAAGAGGCCUAAAAGCCCUAACCUUCGACGUCUUCGGCACAGUAGUAGACUGGCGGCGCCCCGUAGAAGCCGCCCUGACCGCAGCCCUCAAGCCGCAAGGACACAGCCUCCAGCGCCGCCGCUCGGCCACGACAGAGGACGAGGCCGCCGAGCGCGCCGAUGCCGAGGCGCGCGCGGCCGCCCUGACGCCCGCGCACGUCGCCGCCCUCGCGCAGGAGUGGCGCGACAGCUACAAGCGGUUCACGCACGGGUUCCGGCCCGGGCUGGACGCGUGGAAGGACGUCGACGCGCACCACCACGACAGCCUCGUGGCGCUGCUGCGGCGCCACGGGCUGUGGGGGGUUUUUGCCGCCGUGCCGGGUGGCGGCGAGGACGCGGCCGCGGCCGCGGCGGGGGAGGUGCGGGAGCUGAGUCUCGUCUGGCACCGGCUCACGCCGUGGCCCGACUCGGCGGGCGGGCUGCGGGCGCUGGGUGCCGGCGGCGGGGAUGGGGAUGGGGACGGCGGGGCCGGCCUCGGCCUCGGCCUCGUCACGGCGACCCUGUCGAACGGGAACCGCGCCCUGCUGGAGGACCUGGACGCCUUCGGGUCGCUCGGGUUCGGCAGGCUCCUGUCCGCCGAGGACUUUGGGGCCUACAAGCCCGACCCGAGGGUGUACCUCGGCGCGGUCGAGAGGCUGGGGUGCGAGCCCGGCGAGGUGGCCAUGGUCGCCGCGCACCUCAACGACCUCGACGCCGCGAGGAAGCUGGGGCUGCGGACCAUCUACGUGGAGCGGGACGGGGAGGAGGACUGGCAGGUCGGGAGCGAGAGAGACCCCGGUGUUCUGGCCCAAAGCGUCUGGUCUGGGGAAAUUCCUACACCCAGUCCUCGGAAAUAA